UUGAAUACAUAAACCUCUGAUUCAGUCAGAAGGUUUUGUAAGAAAAAGACAAUGGUGAUGAACUCUCGUAUAAUCUUUGUCGUCCUUGUGAUUUCCAUGAUCGUGAUCGUGUCCGUUGAAGCAGGCGGCUACGAAGACGUUUUAGGGUUUGUGGUCCGAACAAGAACCUCUUCUGACUGCAAAGGAUCAAUAGCGGAUUGUAUAGCCGAAGAAGAAGAGUUUGAACUCGAUUCUGAGAUCAGUAGACGCAUUUUAGCUUCCAAGAAGUAUGUAAGCUACGGUGCGAUGAGGAAGAACAAUGUUCCUUGUUCUCGACGCGGUGCGUCUUAUUACAACUGCAAACGCGGCGCUCAGGCUAACCCUUACCGCCGCGGUUGCAGCCAAAUCACGAGGUGCAGGCGUUGAAAAUUUGAGUUUUUUUUUUAACCUUUCUCACGUUCUUGUGCUGUUUUUACUUUUUGUUUUUUUUUUUCUCUGU